AUGGACCGGAAGGUGGCCCGAGAAUUUCGGCACAAGGUGGAUUUUCUGAUAGAAAAUGACGCAGAGAAGGACUAUCUCUAUGAUGUGCUGCGGAUGUACCACCAGACUAUGGAUGUGGCUGUGCUUGUGGGAGACCUGAAGCUGGUCAUCAAUGAGCCCAGCCGCCUGCCGCUGUUUGAUGCCAUCAGACCUCUGAUCCCGCUGAAGCACCAGGUGGAAUAUGACCAACUGACCCCCCGGCGCUCCAGGAAGCUGAAGGAGGUGCGUCUGGACCGCCUGCACCCCGAAGGCCUCGGCCUCAGCGUGCGUGGGGGCCUCGAGUUUGGCUGUGGGCUCUUCAUCUCCCACCUCAUCAAAGGCGGUCAGGCAGACAGCGUCGGGCUCCAGGUAGGGGACGAGAUCGUCCGGAUCAACGGGUAUUCCAUCGCCUCAUGCACGCAUGAGGAAGUCAUCAACCUCAUCCGCACCAAGAAGACUGUGUCCAUCAAAGUGAGACACAUCGGCCUGAUCCCUGUGAAGAGCUCUCCUGAUGAGCCCCUCAAAUGGCAGUACGUGGAUCAGUUCGUGUCGGAAUCUGAGGGCGGGCGGGGCAUCCUGGGCUCUACAGGGAAUCGGGAAAACAAGGAGAAGAAGGUCUUCAUCAGCCUGGUGGGCUCCCGGGGCCUUGGCUGCAGCAUUUCCAGCGGCCCCACCCAGAAACCUGGCAUCUUCAUCAGUAACGUGAAGCCUGGCUCCCUGUCUGCUGAGGUGGGGUUGGAGACUGGGGACCAGAUUGUUGAAGUCAAUGGCAUCGACUUCUCUAACCUGGACCACAAGGAGGGCCGGGAGCUGUUCAUGACAGAGCGGGAGCGUCUGGAAGAGGUGAGGCAGCGCGAGCUACAGCGGCAGGAGCUUCUCAUGCAGAAGCGACUGGCAAUGGAGUCCAACAAGAUCCUCCAGGAGCAGCAGGAGAUGGAGAGGCAAAGGAAAAAGGAGAUUGCCCAGAAGGCAGCAGAGGAAAAUGAGAGAUACCGGAAGGAGAUGGAACAGAUCGUGGAGGAGGAAGAGAAGUUUAAGAAGCAGUGGGAAGAAGACUGGGGCUCAAAGGAACAGCUGCUCUCGUCUAAGACCAUUGCUGCUGAGGGGCACCCAGUGUCCCUUCGCAAGCCAAAGUAUGAUCAGGGAGUGGAGUCCAAGCUUGAGCCUGCCAACGACCCGGACGGAGGCACGGAGAAGCAGGGAGAGCAGGAUUUCCGGAAAUAUGAAGAAAGCUUUGACCCCUACUCCAUGUUCACCCCAGAACAGAUCAUAGGGAAGGAUGUCCGGCUCCUGCGCAUUAAGAAGGAGGGAUCCUUGGACCUGGCCUUGGAAGGCGGCGUGGACUCCCCGAUCGGCAAGGUGGUCGUCUCAGCCGUUUACGAGGGGGGAGCCGCUGAGCGGCAUGGCGGUAUUGUGAAAGGAGACGAGGUCAUGGCGAUCAAUGGCAAAAUCGUGACAGACUACACCCUGGCUGAGGCUGAGGCCGCCCUGCAAAAGGCCUGGAAUCAGGGGGGGGACUGGAUCGACCUCGUUAUUGCCGUCUCUCCCCUGAAGGUGUACGAUGAUGAGCUGACCUUCUUCUGAAGUCCAAAAGGAGAAACCAAAUUCACCCCUUGAAGGCAGUGAGCUCUGGACCCGUCCCUCUGGACACAAAGCCUGGAAUCAGCCUUGAGAGACGCCAGCCUGCAGGCACCCUGGAAACCC